UCGAGAACAUGCUCCAGUGAUACUGCGACGCGCCUUUUGUGCUGCGAGGAUGGCAGAGAUGAAGGCAGCAAUUUGCAUCGCCGCGGCAGUCUCACUGUUCCACGUUGUGUUGGCUGCCGAUUACACUAUAGGCAAUGCAGCCGGCGGCUGGGGCGGGGAGUAUAAGGCUUGGGUUGCAUCCCAAAAAUUUGCUCCGGGAGACACUCUAACAUUCAAGUACAGUUCGUACCACAACGUCGUCGAAGUGACCAAAGACGACUACGAAGCGUGCUCUGCGACCAACCCUGUGUCUGCUGAUAGCAGCGGCAGCACCACCAUCGUGCUCACGGCGCCGGGGAAGCGCUACUUCAUCUGCGGCGCUCCAGGGCACUGCCAGUCCGGAAUGAAGCUGGAGGUGGAUGUCGCCGACCGCCCUGCACCCGAGACGCCCAGCCCACCGCCGUCUCUGCCACCUUCUCCACGACACGCGAAGCGGCGGCCUGCACCGGCGCCGAUGCCGUUGCCGCCAGCGCCAGCACCUGCAUGGUCGCCGGCACCAGCACCCGCGGCGACGCAGCCAAGGCAUCCGGGGCACAAGAAGCACAGGAGCAGGCACCUCCCGCCUAAGCCGGCGCCAGCGAUGGCUCCCACUGUGCAGUCCGCGGAGGCUGAUUUUCCGCUCGCGGAUUUCGCGCCGAUGUCCUCGUCACCUCCCCCGCCGCCGAUGUCGUCGGACGCUGAGGCCAUGAGGCAUCAAAAGUGGAGCGACGUCAUAGUCGGGCUAGUUGCUCUUCGACUAGUGGUUUUGGCUGUAUGAAUUGAGAGAGGGGUUUCAGGUCAGGUCAUGAGAUGAGGUAGGCUCAUUAUGCAUGCAUUUUAAUUUCGUCAAGGGUUGAGGUGUGAUUUGUCGAGUUGAGAAUUGUUUUGUAUGGUUUCUGUGUGUUAAUUCCGAGGCCUUGAGUCC